UUCUUCCCCACAGCAAAAUCUAUCCCUCGAACCCGAAACGAAAAAAAGAAAACAAAAUCUCGAGUUUCCCCUGGUCCUCUCUUACCCCAAAACCACUGGGAAAUCACCCACCAGAAAGGCAAAUCCACACAAGCAUUGCCCCUUGGCUGCCGGGGGAAGGGGGUAAAGAUCCCAAUGGCUCUCCUCCCCCAAAUCCUCCACUCCCCUCACCCCCGCCUCGUCGCCGCCGCCGCCGCCGCCGCCGCCUCCCCGUCUCGCGCAAUCCGUCGAACAACUCGUCUACAUGCCCCCUCGUCCACCUCCACCUCCACCUCCCGCCGCGGCUGCCGGGGCCGGGGCAUGGCGGCGAGCGCGUCCGGGCCCGGGUCGUCGCCGGAGCCGUACCCGUCGGAGUCCGACGACGGGCUCGUGGAGCUCCCGCUGUUCCCGCUCCCGCUCGUGCUCUUCCCGGACGCGACCCACGCGCUGCACAUCUUCGAGUUCCGCUACCGCAUCAUGAUGCACACGGUGCUCCAGACCGACCUCCGCUUCGGCGUCGUCUUCGCGGGCUCGGGUGGCACCGCCGCCGACGUUGGGUGCGUCGGCGAGGUCGUCAAGCACGAGCGCCUCGCCGACGACCGGUUCUUCCUCAUCUGCAAGGGCCAGCAGCGGUUCCGCGUGGCCCGCGUCGUGCGCACCAAGCCCUACCUCGUCGCCGCCGUGCAGUGGCUCGAGGACCGCCCGCCCGCCGAGCCCCCGGCGCCCGGGGAGGACGCCGAGGCGCUCGCCGCCGACGUCGAGGUCCUCAUGCGCGACGUCAUACGCAUCGCCAACCGGCUCAACGGCAAGACCGAGAAGGAGGUGGGCGACCUGCGCAGGGGCCUCUUCCCCACGCCCUUCUCCUUCUACGUCGGCAACACCUUCGAGGGCGCGCCGCGGGAGCAGCAGGCGCUGCUCGAGCUCGAGGACACCGCCGCGCGGCUGCGCCGGGAGCGGGACACGCUGCGCAACACGCUCAACUACCUCACCGCCGCCUCCGCCGUCAAGGAUGCCUUCCCCUCCUCGCCGUCGUCGGGAUGAGGCGUGGCCUGCCUCUGGCGUCUGACGUCAGCCAAGACGAUGAGGAGUUUGUGAGGGUAUAGGACUAAACUUUCUUAUCACUCUUUUUCGCCUUUCUUCUAUAUUUUCAUGGGUUAGCUUUUACUUGCAUGGGGUUAGCUUUUUAACGUGUAAAAUUGUAUAAUUUAGUGUGUGUCAACUCAAGAAAAUGUGGAGCUGUGAUGAUGGCCCUUGAUAAGGAUAAAAAUUUUGCUCUCUGAGAGAGACUCUGAUGCUUCUGGUGCUAAAUUGGAGCUGAAAUGAAGCUAUUCUUACUCCU